AUGGCUGAAGCUAAAGCUCCUGUCGACUUAUACAUCCAUUUAGGGUCUCACCUUUCGCCGCCCUCGCCUGCAGGAGUGGCAACUUCGGGAACUAGUGAAACGGAGGACUUGCACCAAGGCGAAAAGAAGUCAAAGAAGAAGCGUCGCUUCAAACUACCCUCACUAGCCCGCAAGACAAGAACCAAGGAGAAGAAGCCACAGCAGGAAUCGCAGGCUCAGAGUUCUAAUGUUGGUGCCAGCGAGGGUACUGCGGGGAAUGAAAUCGAUGGUGAAUCAAGACAGAAGUGA